AUGUCUGAUGAUCCAAAGUCGAGUGCGGAUCGAGAUCUACUCGCGCGGCUAAAUGCGUUGAAAACGUCGACUGUCUCUUUUGAGCAGACUAACUUUCAGACACCUCUUGGGAAAGGAACCCCUGCUUCGCUUGACCCUAGUCCGGCUCGCGCCCUUCACUCCGACCUCCUGACGAGAUGGAAAUUCCUUGGAGGUAGUCCUUCCUCAUCUCACCUCAAGGAAUCCACUGGUUCGGCCGAGAAGCCUGAAGACGAGAAAACAGUGGAGGACCUUCUGGCAGACCUAGGACCCUCGGAUGCAUGGGAAGUUACGCAGACUGAAGAGGAACAGGUCGCAGAUCUGCUGCGGACUGCAAAGUCAGCUCUAGCUGAUGUGUCGCACACCGAAAGCGAGCAGCUGAGCAAAGAUGACGCCGCCAGCACAAGAGAAGGUCACGUUCACACAAGGCUCCCAGCGAUUGAUGUUUCGGUCUUCCAACCCGAACCAGAAACAGACGAGAUUCCAGUCACAGUCGUAGGUAACAAGUCGAAAGACACUCUGGAUCAAGAGGCAGAUGAAUUGCUGGCAAAGAUUCUGGACGAGGCCAGGCUCGAGCCUCCAGAGGCGCAGGAAGAAAACACUACUCUGCCAGAAGAUGAAGACGGUGUCGCACCAGGCGAUUCGCAACGCUCAAUUUCCAACUCUGGCCAGAAUAUUUCUGCUUUUGACCUUCCCACCACGCCUUCAAACCUACCAGAACCAGCUAUCUCCACAGAACAGUCAAACGAAGAUGACGACCUAGCCUCUCGCUUUGCCGGCUUGUCACUACCGUCAGUCCCCACGGGCAUGAAAUCCACGAAAUCAUCGUCUUCUGCAUCAAAACCUAACAUAGGCUUCACCGACGAGGAAAUCGAUACGUGGUGCAUCAUCUGCAAUGAUGACGCAACCCUCCAAUGUAUCGGCUGCGACGGAGAUCUCUACUGCACCAAUUGUUGGAUAGAAGGCCACAGGGGCGAGAGCGCCGGAUUGGAGGAACGCAGCCACAAGGCUGUCCAAUUCAUCAAGGGAGGCGGGAAGAAGAAAGCACCCAAGAGAAGAGUUAUGAUGGGUGCUUGA